AUGCUUGGGGUCUGUUCCAGGAUUCGAUGCAUAACUAAUAGCAGCAUUAUGCACAUUUGUUCAGCCAUUCGGCCAUUUUCAUCUGUUUCCUCACAAGUUAUAUCGCAAACAGAACCAGGGAUUGUUGAUUCGCUUAAAUAUAAAAUGGGAAUCGGCCUAAGGUAUAGUAAUGGACGAUUAAAGAUGUCUGGCGAAAACAUAUACACUAUCUGCGCAGAGUAUCCUGAAUUUAUGGACUUUGUCAAAAAAUUUAACCUCCCAGACACCUUUCAAACCUGGUUCUCUCUCACCACUUUACAUAUCUGGAUGUGCCUUGUGCGUUUACGCAGAGAAGGACAAGAGGGCCGGAUUAUUAGGAAUGUUUUCAUCCAGUUAAUAUGGACAGACCUGAAAGGUCGGAUGAAGCCCUUCGGUAUAAUUCGCAAACAACAUAAUCACGUAGAUCAAUUCAAAAGUCAAUUCUUCGGCUCAGUUUUUGCCUAUGACGAAGCCUUCCUGAUGCAUUCAGAUCCCGCGUUAGCUGCAGCUCUUUGGAGAAACCUCUUUAUCUCGUCCCCCGAUACUUCAGCUGAGCAAUUAUUUAAACUAGUCCACUAUAUCCGAAAGCAGCUAGCUCACCUUAAUAGCCUAUCAAGCGAUCAGAUUGUUGGAAGAGGAAUGCCAAUGUUCUUGCGCUUAAACGAGGAGGAACUAAACCCCGAGUAUGCCAAUCGUCGCAUACACUAUUGUUUUACUUGGCCUGAAUGGGAUAAAUGA